AUGCAGUGCCUACGACAGCUACCCCAGCGGGCACCCCGCGUCGAGGCUUGGUCGCUUUUAUCGCACACGUCCAGCUGCAUCAAGUCCGUCUCUUCAGGUUUAAGGCGCUUGACUACCGCCGCAGCUCAGCAGAGCAAGUCGAGCGUUAUCGCCGGCGCAACUGCACAAGACUCUUCGGCUCGUCGCCAGCGCGUACGGGACGCCAAGCCAUUCUCCGACUUCCUCACAGACACCUUCCACCGGCAGCAUGACUACCUCCGCAUCUCCGUCACGGAACGCUGCAACUUGCGGUGCUUGUACUGUAUGCCCGAGGAAGGUGUCCCGCUCUCACCGAGCCGCGAACUGCUUACCACGCCAGAAAUCGUCAUGCUCUCGUCCGUCUUUGUCUCGCAGGGCGUCACCAAGAUCCGGCUCACGGGCGGCGAGCCCACGGUGCGCCGCGAUAUUGUGCCGCUGAUGCACCAGAUUGGCGCGCUACGGUCGCGCGGCCUCCGCGAGCUGUGCCUUACCACAAACGGCAUUUCCCUGCACCGCAAGCUCGACAGCAUGGUCGAGGCCGGCCUCACGGGCAUUAACCUCAGUCUCGACACGCUCGACCCCUGGCAGUUUCAGAUCAUGACGCGCCGCAAGGGCUUCGACGCUGUGCAGCGCAGCAUAGACCGCCUGCUGGAGAUGAAUCGAGCUGGCGCGGGCAUCAAGCUUAAGAUUAACUGCGUUGUCAUGCGCGGCGUCAACGAUCGCGAGGUGCUCCCUUUUGUGGAUCUCACCCGCGACAAGGAUAUUGAGAUCCGCUUCAUCGAGUACAUGCCGUUUGACGGCAACAAGUGGAACAAACGCAAGAUGCUCGGCUACAACGAGAUGCUCGAUAUGAUCCGUGUCAAAUAUCCUACGCUGCAAAAGGUGCAGGACCACAAAAACGACACCAGCAAGACUUGGCACGUCCCCGGGUUUGCCGGCCGCAUCGGCUUCAUCACGAGCAUGACGCACAACUUUUGCGGCACCUGCAACCGCCUGCGCAUCACCGGCGACGGCAAUCUCAAGGUGUGCCUCUUUGGCAACGCCGAGGUGUCGCUGCGUGAUCUACUGCGCCAGUCCAAUGGCGGCGAGCCCAUCGACCAAGAGGUCUACGAGGCUAUGAAGCAGGUUGAGAUGGACCGCCGCCAAGGCCUGGUGUCUCCCGACACACCGCUAGGCGUGGCACCGAACGAGGCUGAGCUGCUGGACGUUAUCAACAUGGCCGUCAAACGCAAAAAGGCUAAGCAUGCUGGUAUCGGCGAACUCGAACACAUGAAGAACAGGCCCAUGAUUCUAAUAGAUCCCGUUGCACCAACCCUACAUGGCGCCAUGCAUCGCAGCUUGAAGCACACCAUCAACAGGACACAGCCACACCUCCUUACAUCCCACCAACGGCGACUCUUUUCUUCAACCUCAGGACGACACAACGAAGAUGAUCACGACACCAACCUCCCCAAACUAACGCACGUAUCCAAGACGGGCUCCGCGCACAUGGUUUCCAUCGCCGGCAAGGCCGUCACCGCGCGCGUCGCCACCGCUGCCUGCACCGUGCGCUUCUCAACCGACGUCGCCCCGCGACUCAUCCGCACCAACCAGCUGAAAAAGGGCGACGUGCUCGGCGUCGCGCGCGUCGCGGGCAUCAUGGCCGCCAAGCGCACGCCGGAUCUCAUUCCGCUCUGCCAUCCCAUUGCCGUGUCGCGCGUGAGCGUGGACGUGGUGCUAGGCGAUGAGCGCAGUGUCGAGGUGCGCGCGACGGUUGAGUGCGACGGCAAAACGGGCGUCGAGAUGGAGGCGCUCACGGCGGCGUCGACGGCGGCGCUGACCCUGUACGACAUGUGCAAGGCGGUGGAUAAAGGCAUGGUGGUGGACGGGCUGAGGGUGGUGCUGAAAGAUGGAGGCAAGAGUGGGAGAUGGGAGAUGGACUAG